AACUUUUUCAGCUAAGCUCUUCCUAUAUAAACUCAUUGAAGGAAAUGAACAACACAUAUCCCAGUUCUUUAAUAAUUCUCGUUUGUUUAAUUUUCCUCUACAAUAUAGUGUCCUAGUAAACUUGUUUUUGUAUAUUCUUACUUUCAUAUUGGUAACCAAAAGAUUUUGGUAUUUAAUGGCAAAUAAAUUGAAUAUAAAGCUAGGAGAACCAACACUUGUUCUUCCUGCACAACAAACUAAGAAGGGACUCUACUUUCUUUCUAACCUUGACCAAAAUAUAGCAUAUCCAGUUCGUACAAUUUACUGUUAUAAAUCACUUUCAAAAGGCAAUGAGGAUGUUGCACAAGUUCUUAAGGAUUCAUUGUCAAAGAUUCUUGUUCACUACUAUCCCAUGGCUGGAAGGUUGAAAAUAAGCUCAGAAGGAAAGUUGACAAUAGACUGCAAUGAAGAGGGUGUUGUAUUUGUUGAAGCUGAAGCGAACUGUAUGGUGGAGGAUUUGAGUGAUGUGAAGGAGCCUGACCUUGAUAUUCUUAGAAAACUAGUUUAUGACAUCCCUACUGCAAAGAACUUACUAGAGAUGCCUCCACUUCUAAUUCAGGUGACAAAGUUUAAAUGUGGAGGGUUUGUUUUGGGGGUAAACGUGAACCAUUGUAUGAAUGACGGUAUAAGUGCUAUGCAAUUUGUGAACUCCUGGGGUGACACAGCAAGAGGACUAGACUUAAAAAUCCCACCAUUUCUUGAUAGAACAAUACUCAAAUCACGUAACCCCCCACAAAUAGAGUUCACGCAUCACGAAUUCGAUGAACUUGAAGAUUUAUCAGAUACAAACAAAUUAAUUCAUGAGGAAGAAGAGAUUAUAUACAAGUCAUUCUGGUUUAAUCAGAACAAGCUUGAACUUCUCAAGAAAAAGGCCACAGAAGAUGGUGUUGUGAAAAAGUGUUCUACUUUUGAAGCACUCUCAGCUUUUGUAUGGAGAGCUAGAACUCAAGCCUUAAAAGUGCAUCCCAAUCAACUAGUGAAGCUACUUUUUGCUGUUGAUGGAAGAUCAAGAUUUGUUCCACCAAUACCAAAAGGUUACUUUGGAAAUGCAAUUGUGUUGUCAAAUGCUAUGUGUAAAGCAAGAGAGUUGUUGAAGAAUCCAUUAUCAUUCAGUGUGGAAUUGAUUAACAAAGCAAUUGAGAUGGUGACAGAUAGUUAUAUGAGAUCUGUUAUUGACUAUUUUGAAGUUAAAAGAAGUAAGCCAACUUUAACAUCAACACUUUUGAUCACAACAUGGACCAGGUUGUCUUUUCAUGAAGCUGAUUUUGGUUGGGGAAAACCUAAGUAUUUUUGUCCUGUUACUUUGCCACAAAAGGAAGUCAUUCUGUUUUUACCACAUCGUGAAGAUACAAAAAGUAUUAAUGUGUUUGUGGGUUUGCCUGCUUCUACUAUGCAAAUAUUUGAAGAGCAAGUGCAAAUAUGUAUGGAUCAAAUCUUGGAUGAGGAGGGAACACAACAUUUUCAGUACACCUAAUCUUGAUAUUAAGAUAUAUUAAUUAAAAAAACUUGUGAUUUGUUUCAUCAAUACUUUACUGUGUUUACUUUUUACUUUGUUUUCGUUUGGUUGUACAUGACCACAGUUACACGUGACAUAUAGUGAACUAUGUUUAUUACCUUGGAUGUUAAGGUUUCUUAACAUUUAAUUUAAUUAUGGAUACACCUUUCUUAUCAUA